ACUAAAGUCAAGCUGUCAGCCAUUUGAACUGAGUUUGUCACACCGCUCUCUGACACAGAGGAGCGGGCUACCCGAGCUCCGCUUGUGCGGAAGAACAACACUGGACAACAAACUUCAGCGUCCGCAGGACAAGAUCCGGGACUUGUUUACUAGCCUCACAGUGAUAGCAUCAUGGAGGAGGAAGUGGCCCCUCUCGAUGGCGAGAUGGAGACCCCCUAUGCUUCAGACACUUAUGCUGCUGAGGCCAUGGCAGCAGACAUGGACCCCUGGAUUGUGUUUGACUCGCGAAGAACUCCCCGAUCGGAGUUCGACGGCUGGCUGGAGAGCAACAGGCCCUCGCAAGUGUACAGGUUUGGCGAUGAGGAAGGUGGUGCAAGCCGUGUGGGGUGGAUCGCUGUGCUGGGUAUAAACCACUGCCCCAGCAUUGGGGAUGUCACUGGUCUGCAGGAGAGCUGGGAGAAACUUUUGGCCAGUGGCCGGCCUGCCAGCUUCCAGACAGUGAAGGAGCUAGCCCUGAACCACGGAGUGCUAACAGGCAAGUGGCUGAUGCACUUGGACUCUGGUUUCAAGUUGGACCAUGCAUGGGAGUGUGUGGCCAGAGCAGCCCUGGAUGGCAAGAUCUCCCUCGUUAAAGUCAGUCCCCAUAAUCCCAAGGGAGAGGGCCAGCAGGUCAUUUGUGCCUAUAACCAGAACUUCACUGAUGAGAGCGAGGUUAUAAGGCUGGACUCUGUCAUCCGUGCCACAGGGGUCAAAUGCCCUCUGUCCUACAAGCCGGAUGUUUACACAUACCUGGGGAUCUACCGAAACAACCGCUGGAAGCUUUGUCCCACCAUAUAUGAGAGCAAAUUUGACCUGGAGUGUGUGCCCAGGCGUUCCCACAUUGUCAACAAAGUCACCAAUCUUGAAGUAACAUAAGCCCGUCAGAACAAGAGGAUAGUUUUGCAUGAUGGGUAAAUAAAUGACGACACAUUUCGUGAUCCCAUGAGUUGAGUUGUGCAGAACACGUCACUGACGAGUCAGUGGUUCAGUUAUGUUCUCAAGUUCUUCCUUUUGGCAAAAAAAGCACUAAAUGUGACCUGCAUUAUUGUCACAUUUUUUUUGUAUUAAACAUACUGUAUUCAGAAGUAAUGAGUAUUUAUAUUCUGUUGUUUUCUCGAGGUUUGUUUGUAAUACUAACACAAACCUGACUGACAGGGUGGCGAAAGAUGUGUGUUCAGAAGAAUAUGUGCAUCCAGUGAAGCCUUUUUUUUUUUUUUUUUUUUAAAUCCAAUGUAUAUUUGUCUCAUUUGUUUGGCUUUAUUUGAUUUUUUUUUGUUUAUACUGAACCACAAUAACUGAGUUGCCAA